AACAAAGGCUGUGCACGCAGUGAGAGGAGAUAACAUGCGCCCGACACGUGCAGGAUGUCUCCUUGUUUUCAUUUCAUGCGUCCGUACGAGAUCUUCGCGAUAUAAAAGAGCGCGCGUCGCAGCGCUUGGUGUCAGUCCCGUUCUUCAGCAGUAAAGACAAGCUCAAAAACAAUGGCUGCGAACGUCACGUGCGCUUCCAAGGCGCUUCUUCUGGUGGCAAUUUGUUUUGUUGUUGCGUGCAGAAGCGCGAGUGCCGGCGGCCAGCACGCCUGCGCCUACCCUCAAGCGUGUUACAGACCUGGCGCGCCCGACCCGCACCACGUCCUGACUGCGACCGCCCAGUUUGACCGGCGCACGGGGCGAUGCGUGACCACUCGGCCGGUGACCGGACCCCACUUCUGUCACAAGUUCGCGACCUUGGCAGCCUGCCGAGCGGCCUGCGAGUCUUCCGACUGAGAGUGCGGAACACCCACUC